AUUUCCAUCACAAAUCAAAUCAAUAUUCUCUCUUCUCAUUUCAAUUUACUCUAUCAAAAAUGUCUGGACGUGGUAAAGGAGGAAAGGGUUUAGGAAAGGGAGGAGCAAAACGACACCGUAAAGUUCUUCGAGAUAACAUUCAGGGAAUUACUAAGCCAGCAAUAAGGAGAUUAGCGAGAAGAGGUGGAGUGAAGAGAAUAAGUGGGUUGAUAUAUGAGGAGACACGUGGCGUGUUGAAGAUAUUCUUGGAGAAUGUGAUACGUGAUGCUGUUACCUACACUGAGCAUGCUAGAAGAAAGACUGUUACUGCUAUGGAUGUUGUUUAUUCCUUGAAGAGACAAGGAAGAACCCUUUAUGGAUUUGGCGGUUAAUUGAAAUAUAUUUACUUGUUUACUUUUGGGUUAAUGAAAUGGGAUUAUUAAGGGAAGUGGAGUCUAGGUGGUGUUUUAAUUAUAGUAUCAGUAGAUUGACUCUAGUAACUGAGUAUAGUUUUUGUUAAUGAAAUGGAUCUCAUUAGUAUUUCAGAUAU